CGGUUCAGAACUUCUCCAGGCUCAUUUGCAUUUCUUGCUUCCUGUCUGUAUCACAUCGCUGAGAAACGAGCAAAAAACCAAAGCUCCAGCUAUUAAAAUAACGUGACCCCUUGGGAGCAUUGAUGGCACCGCGUGAGCAGUGAGGGACGCAGCCCAUAACCCACCUCCGUGCAUGUGGGGUGCAUCCUCCUUCCUGCCAUUGCUCAGGAAGGUGCUGUGUCUUUAAAGCCUUGCCGGGCUGUGCGGAGGCAGUUCCACUGAAGUGUUUGAAUGAGAGCAGGGGUGGGUGUGCAUGUGGAGAUUGGCAGAGCUCGGUGCCAUCCCUCCCCACAGCUGGGCUCUGCUCUGCUCGGAGCUGCUGGGCUCAGCUUUGCCAUCAUCCAAGGGGGGGAAAGAAGCAGGUUGGGGGGCUUCCAAAGAGCAGAAUGAAUCCUGGCAGCGUUCCUCGGUCCUGCUGAGCCGGCUGUGGCAAUGGAGGGGCUGUGGGGAUUAGGGGACAGGUGACUGCGGGGAGCACGGAGCCACAGGGCGUAGGUACAGCAGGCAAGUGGUUCAGAGAUGGGGACCCGACGUCAUUCACCUCCGGUGCCCGUCGCUGCAUCGUAGGGCUCUGAAGAUGUCAAACAGCAACACAGCACAGGAGUCCCUGGAAAUAAUGAAGGAGUCAGAAAAGAAGGUGGUUGAGGAAUCCGUGAGCAAAACCAAAUACGUAUCCAGGUCACCCAGCAAGGAGGAGGCUGAGAAGGAUGGAGGGGAGGAGGUCAGCGUGCGUCAGGAAGCUCAGAGACGGACGUCAGGCCACGGACAUGCCAGAAAAAGAGCCAAGUCUAAUUCAAAGCUUAAGCUGGUCAGGAGCUUGGCUGUGUGUGAAGAAUCGUCCAGCCCCUUUGUAGAUGGGCUGCUGGAGUCCCAGGACAUCAUUCAGUUGCAUGUUAGCUGCCCCUCUGACAAGGAAGAGGAAAAGUCCACGAAAGAUGGGGCUGAGAAAGAAGAAAAAGAAAAGAAUAAAGACAAGGCACCGAGGAAGAUGCUGUCUCGAGACUCCAGCCAGGAAUACACAGACUCCACUGGGAUAGAUUUGCAUGAGUUUUUAGUAAAUACACUGAAAAAAAACCCGAGGGAUAGAAUGAUGCUGCUAAAGUUAGAACAGGAGAUUCUGGAGUUUAUUAGUGAUAACAACAAUCAGUUUAAGAAGUUCCCUCAGAUGACCUCAUACCACAGGAUGCUGCUGCACCGGGUGGCUGCCUACUUUGGCAUGGACCAUAACGUUGACCAAACUGGGAAAGCAGUCAUUAUCAACAAGACCAGUAACACACGAAUUCCCGAGCAGAGGUUCUCUGAGCACAUCAAAGAUGAGAAGAAUGCAGAGUUUCCCCAGCGGUUUAUCCUAAAACGAGAUGAUACCAGCAUGGACCGAGAUGAUAAUCAGAUCAGACUCCCCUUGCAGGAUGGGAGGAGGAGCAAAUCUAUAGAAGAGCGAGAGGAGGAAUACCAGCGGGCCAGGGAGCGGAUAUUUGCACGAGAGACUGGCCAGAAUGGAUAUCUCACCGACAGCAGGGGCAACAGGGACGGUUUGAACCGAGCCUCAGGCAGCCGCCAGAGCAGCACAGAGAGUGAGAUCAAGUCAUUGGAGCCUCGGCCGUGGAGCAGCACAGACUCAGACGGCUCCAUCCGCAGCCUACGGCCGCCUGUCACCAAAGCCAGCAGCUUCAGUGGGAUCUCAGUUCUGACACGGGGCGACAGCAUCGGGAGCAGCAAAGGCAGCACCGCCAGCAGAGCAUCCCGAGCAGGCCUGGUUCUCGGUGCCCCCGAAGCGUGCAGCCAACCCCCUUCAUCGCAGCCCAGCCGUGGCCUCCUUCCCUGUGCAUCCCAGCAGCCUCAACCACCACCUCCCCAGCAGCCCCCCCCGCAGCCCCAAGGCCUUCCCCCCACAGCCCAGCAGCAGCCAGCCAUGAGUAACCACAUGAUGUCUCAGCCGGUCCCAGCGCUGCAGCCCGUUCAGUAUUCUCCAAGCUCCUGCCCCCAAGUCCUCUUGCCAGUCUCUCCACCCCAGCAGUACAACAUGGCUGACGAACUCAGCAACCCCUUUGGGCAGAUCAGCCUCAGCCGACAGGGCUCGACGGAAGCACCGGAUCCUUCCUCAGCGAUGUUCCAGUCAUCCCUCAUCUCCCAGCACCCUCAGCAGGCAGGAUUCAUCAUGGCGACCCCUGGGCAGCCCAUUCCCACCUCCAACUACUCAGCCUCAGGGCACACGGUCCCCACGCAGCAGGUGCUGCAGCCCCAGGGCUACAUUCAACCUCCCCAGCAAAUUCAGGUUUCUUACUACCCUCCCGGGCAGUACCCAAACUCCAGCCAGCAAUACCGAUCUCUCAGUCACCCAGUGGCCUACAGCUCCCAGCGCACGCAGCAGCUCCCCCAGCAAGCCCAGCAGCCUGGUUUACAGCCAAUGAUGUCCAACCAGCAGCAAACGUACCAAGGUGUGAUGGGAGUGCAGCAGGCACAAUCCCCCGGGCUCCUCAACAGCCAGAGGAAUAACAUGGGGGGCCAAAUGCAGAGCGUGAUGGGGGUGCAGCAGACGCAGCCCCCGAGCCUCCUCGGCAGCCAGAGGAGCAAUAUGGGGAGCCAGAUGCAAGGCCUGAUGGUGCAGUACACUCCACUGCCUUCGUACCAGGUUCCAGUGGCCAAUGAGUCCCAGAGCGUGGUCCAGCAGCCCUUCCAGCAGCCAGUGCUCGUGCCAGCCAGCCAGUCUGUCCAGGGGGGGCUUCAGACUGGGGGUGUACCCAUCUACUACAGCGUCAUCCCAACUGCCCAGCAGAAUGGCACCAGCCCUUCGGUUGGGUUCCUGCAGCCACCCGGCUCUGAGCAGUACCAGAUGCCACAAUCUCCCUCGCCCUGCAGCCCGUCGCAGAUGCAGCAGCAGUAUUCAGGGGUGUCCCCAUCAGGUCCCGGUGUGGUUGUGAUGCAGCUGAAUGUACCCAAUGGCCCCCAACCCCCCCAGAACGCCCCUGUGGUGCAAUGGAGCCACUGUAAGUACUACAGCCUGGAGCAGCGGGGGCAGAAGCCAGGAGACCUGUACAGCCCAGACAGCAGCGCUCAGGCCAGCACCCAGCUGAACAGCCCCAUCACAUCCCCCACCCAGUCCCCAACGCCGUCUCCCGUCACCAACCUGAACAGCGUCUGCACGGGGCUGAGCCCCCUCCCCGUCCUCACACAGUUCCCCCGGCCCAUGGGCCCAGCACAAGGUGACGGGCGUUACUCGCUGCUGGGCCAACCGCUGCAGUACAACCUGUCCAUCUGCCCCCCACCUCUGCUCCACAACCAGCCCAACUACAGCACACACCAGGGACAAAGUGGGAUGAAACACGGGAACCGAAGCAAGAGACAGGCCCUGAAGUCAGCGUCCACCGACCUGGGGACGAGCGAUGUAGUGCUGGGCCGGGUGUUGGAGGUGACGGACCUCCCCGAGGGCAUCACCCGGACGGAGGCAGACAAGCUGUUCACUCAGCUGGCCAUGGCCGGAGCCAAGAUCCAAUGGCUCAAAGAGACUCAGGGGCGACGUGGGGACGGAGGCGGCUCCGGGGACAGCAGCGGGACUGCAGAGAACGGCCGGCACUCGGACCUCGCUGCCUUAUACACCAUCGUGGCCGUGUUCCCCAGCCCGUCUGCGGCACAGAGCGCUUCCCUCCGCCUCAACAACUCCCUGAGCCGCUUCAAACUGCGCGUGGCCAAAAAGAACUACGACCUGAGGGUGCUGGAGAGAGCCAGCUCCCAAUAGGGGCUCCAAUAGGGGAUCCCAUAGGGGCUCCAAUAGGGGUUCCCAUAGGGGCUCCAAUAGGGGUUCCCUAUAGGGGCUCUAAUAGGAGUUCUCAAUAGGGGAUCCCAAUAGGGGCUCCAAAAGGGGAUCCCAUAGGGGCUCCAAUAAGGGAUCCCAAUAAGGGGCUCCAAUAGGGGCUCCAAUAGGGAAUCCCAUAGGGGCUCCAUUAAGGGAUCCCAAUAGGGGCUCCAAUAGGGAAUCCCAUAGGGGCUCCAAUAAGGGAUCCCAAUAGGGGCUCCAAUAGGGAAUCUCACAGGGGCUUCAAUAAGGGAUCCCAAUAGGGGCUCCAAAAUGGGAUCCCAUAGGGGCUCCCAUAGGGGCUCCAAUAGGGGUUCUCAAUAGGGGAUCCCAAUAGGGGCUCCAAAAGGGGAUCCCAUAGGGGUUCCCAUAGGGGCUCCAAUAGGAGAUCCCAACAGGGGCUCUAAUAGGGGCUCCCAUAGGGGAUUCCCAAUAGGGGCUCCAAUAGGGGUUCCCAUAGGGGCUCCCAUAGGGGAUCCCAUAGGGGUUCCCAUAGAGGUUCCCAUAGGGGCUCCAAUAGGGGAUCCCAAUAGGGGCUCCAACAGGGGCUCCCCAUAGGGGCUCCAUGUGGGCUCAGAGCACACUGGACUGCGGGCUCCCCUCUGCCUCCUCUCCGCCCUCCUCCUCCUGGCUCUAUUUAUAUGGACAUCAUGAAGAGGCAAAUUGAGUUCAGUUCAUUUUCAGAGUGAUGCCC